CUCGCGUGGUGCGCUACACAAUUUUCGAAACGUACGAACCUCAUGGACGAAACAUUAACCAGUGUCCUAUACGUGUUUCAAGAUUGUCCAACGCGAUGGAAAAUGGUCAAAAAAUAGCAGUGCAAUUUUCCACAAACACUGACCCAGUUCACGGGUAAAGGAACCGGACAUUAUUCUCUUUGGCGCGAUGAAUUCGAUCGGCCGAGAGGGCGAAAGAUGCUUUCACGCGAGGUCAGACCAGUUGUGAACCGGUGCCAGAGACGGGCAUGGACACUAAGACUCCACCGAUCCCGUUGAAGGUCCAGGAGAAGACAAAACCGAGACACCAGGAAAGUGUGGCCGACGUGUCCUUGCCCCCGCUGACACCAUACAGGAAUCAUCGUCAGAAACAGAAAACUCCUGGUACUCAGUGGUCGCGUGAUAUACCCAGCGCUAUACGUUAUCAGGAUCAUCAGAGAAAAAGGCCUUACAGAGUUCUGCAAAUCGGCGCGACACCCUUGAUGCAUGCUUGCCAACAGGGCGACAGGGCAAGAGUGCUGAGACUGUUAAAGGAACAAGAGGAAACGAUCGGUUACAGAGAUCGCACUCUGAGGAGCGCAUUGCAUUAUUGCAUGGAUGCUGGAACCGGAGGUGCCGUCGCCUCGGCGGCGCCGGAACUGGUGAACGCGCCGGACGCCGAGGGGCACACUCCGCUUCAUCUAGCAGUAAUCGCAGGCGAUACCCAACUGGUAGCUGUUUUAUUAGCAAACGGUGCCGAUGUGAACGCCAAGGACUUGGAGGGUCACAGUGUCCUUCAUUGGGCCACCGUGUGUGGAGAAACAGAGUGUGUUCGAUUGGUACUAGCAGCGGGUGCUCGACCAUCAACACCUGAUCUUCGCGGUGGAUCUCCUCUUCAUUACGCUGCCCAAUGUUGCGGUGCAGCCGCUACUGCCGAACUUGCUGUACCCAAAAAGGUCGGCUUGAAGGUUCUUCAAACCCUUUUAGAAUUUGGUGCCGAUGUGAACGCGAAAGAUGAAGACGGAAGGCAGCCGAUUCUAUGGGCGGCAAGUGCUGGCAGCGUUGAAGCCGUGUUAGCUCUUGCGAGAGCCGGUGGUUCAGCUGCCGCAGGAGCUGCAGACAAGGAUGGCCUGACGGCUCUUCACUGCGCCGCAUCUAGAGGACACGCGAGAUGCGUCGAGGCUUUGGUGAACCUCUGCGGUGCUCAUCCCGAUCAUGUAGACGAUAAUGGGUGCUCGGCUCUGCAUUACGCCGCCACUCUUGGUCACGCCGAUGCCACGGCUUUGAUUCUCAAAUUAGGAGCCGAUCCGAAUCGUCAGGAUCGAAAGGGUAGAACACCAGCACUUUGCGCAGCAGCCAAAGGUCAACUAGAGACCCUGAAGAUCUUGGCGCAACACGGUGGAUCACUUUAUGCAAGGACAGUACGAGGAACCGGCGUCGCCCACGAAGCCGUGGCAUCGGGUCGAAUCGAAUUAAUAAAAUGGCUGGCGAAAAAACGUCCAAGCACCUUAGACGUCGCUACACACGAUGGGAAGACACCCUUACACGUGGCGGCUCUUCAUGGACAUUUAGACGCGUGCAAAGUUCUCUUGGAUAAUGGUGCGAGGAUCAAUGCGGUUCUUCGAACCAACAAAGGCAAUCUGAUGACUGCCUUGGAUGCCGCACUUUAUAGGGGACACAGGGACUGUGCGAAAUUAAUUCAAAUGCACGGAGGUACCACGGCGCAACAGCUGAGGAUGCAGAAGACUGUGCCGAACAAAGUAUUUGCAGCGAAACUGCGAAUGAAACACAUGGACAGUAGUAGCGAUACCGAAAGCAGCCCUCGUAGACGAAGCUGUAGUCACAAACUGCCAGGACUGUAUUACGAGGAACAAUGGAUAGAAAAGAGAACACGACGAAGAGGAAAUCGUAGGAAAUUAGCUCGUCAGGAUAGUCGAAGUUUCAGCGAGGAGGAAGUUAGAUUAUCAAAAACGUCUUCGAAGAAAGAUCAUCAGAGAAGAGCUCGCAGUGAAUCGGCAAGAUACGAUGAAGACCACAAGUUAAGAAGAAAAAGAAGUAGAAAACGAUCAACAAAGAGCAGACACGAUUCCAGCGAGUCAUCCAUAGAAUCAGACAGCUACGACCACUUGGAGGACACGAGGCAAAGAUUCGAAAGUAAAUCGAGCAAAAGCAAUGGUACAGAAGAGAGGGAAGAAUUAAGAAGAGACGAAGAAGAUGACGAAAGCGUGAGCGACGAUAGCCUAGAAGUAGUGGUAGUAAGAAAAUCCUUAGAAAAGAAGUGCGAGAAAAUGGUGUCUGGAAGAAGAUCAAAAACUCCGAGGGAAAGUUCGAAAGAGAUAAAAUUGACGAAAACUCAUCGUAGUACCAGAAGAAAAUUAAAAUCGAGCAGAUCGAAGACCUCCGACAAUGGCGAUAGCACCACCGAUCGAAUGCAAUCUUUCGAUAAAGAACAUGGGUUAAAAGAGUCCGAAUCUCAGCCACAAGAUACUCCAAGAACCUCGAUGGAGGAGGAUAAAACAAAUGGAGGGAAAAUAAUUGAAAAUCGGUAUCGUAGGGAUGUGACUGAUAGCACUAGUCAAGAAACUGUUGAACGCGUUGUGGUAACCGCCAUGGUGCACAAGGAUCAAGGUCCAGAUACACCGAAAUCUAUAACAGAGACCUCGAAGGAAGUCACUUUUGAUGAUAGACUAAGAACGGAAGUAAUUGAGACGGAACAAGUGACCAGAGACGCAGGUGUCAGCAAAAUGGAUGACAUUGUUGAGCAGAGCGAUGAAUCGCGUAGCAAUCUUGUGACGAAAGCUGCUACCUUGAAGAAGGACGUGGAAGAAAUGAGGCAGCAAGCUAUAUUGGAGAAGACCCAGAGAGAAGAUACGAAACGGGACCAAAAGGGGGAUGUAAGAGGAGGUGGGGAUGAUGAUGGUAAAAGGGGUGAAAAAGAUGUGCCUUCGGUGCAGGAAAAGGAGGUGCAAGAAGAUAAGAAAGAAAAGGGCAGGUUAGACGCACGCGGAACAACCGAAUCAGAAAGUCCCUCGGAUUCUCAGCAACAACCGAGUCAGCAAGACGAAGCUUCUUCUAAAUCAACAAAACCUGACGAAAAUCUCGACCAAGAUUCUCACAGUGAAAAAACCGACUUAUCUGAACGUACCUCCAGAGAAGAUCACGAUGAAUCAGAAGAAACAAGUAAAUCGAGUCAGAGGGAUGUCCAAAGUGGAGCUACUACGCCAAGAACAGUUGUGGAGGAUGUUCCGCCAUCGGAAGACGAAGAUAGAAAAUCUACAUCAGAAGAAUCUAAAGGUAAAUCGAAGCACAAAUCAGGCACAGUUAGAAGGAAACCAUCGAUCGAUGAAACAAAGUCGAAAUCCUCGUCUUCGAGGCAAUCGGAUGAAAGUCCUAAAAAGAGUGACAGCAGUCGUAAACGAAGAGAACACGGUAAACGACGUGAAUCUUGUACAAAGAAUGUCUCAAUAAAAGUUUCGACGGAUAAAACGAGCAAAUCGUCCAUAGAGGAAACGUCGGAAACUCGACAAGUUGAAGAGGAUGUUACCGAGAACGUUACAAAAGAAACACCAGGCAAAGAUUCAGAUGAAAAGGAACAGGUUCGUUCAGCUCGUAGAAAAUCGGUUGAGUUUUCAUCAGUAUCGAAAGAAGAAGCAGAAGAUGGGUCAUUGGGUAUUGAUACACCGACUGCCUCAAAGAGAAGGAUGUCUACUGAGCAGGAAGCUGUUCAAGGAUCGUCACAGGUGCAAACAAAUCAGGAGGAGGAAGAGGAGAUUAAAAAGACUAAGAAACAUCCUGUAGAAGAUGCACUGUCGACAGAAGCAGGAAAUUUUCGGUACAUCGACGAAAGUUCGUCGAGUUCCCCGAAAUCGGCGCAGGCCAGACGAUCGAGACCUUCCACAGGGAAAAUUAGGAAAACCGGACGAUCUAAAUCGUCGUCGAAGAAAUGCUUGUUCGAAAGUUCAGAGGAACGUUCUCCGGAUAGAAGCGCGAUAGUGGCAGUAAUUGAGAGUCCAGAAUGGGACGAAGAGGAUGAGCAGAUUGAAAAGGAGAUCAGAGACGCCAUUGGAGAGGACGCUGAACACGAAACGGAACCGGAAGAGGACAAUGAAAUCGGGGUUGUAAGAGUUUUACCGAGUACCAGCGAAGAGGAGACCUCUCGAGGUCCUGAUACCUGUAGAACUAUAGCAGGCGACUCGUUACCUCAAGUGCAAUCUGGUACCCGUACUCGGAUGAUCCGUGUUCAAAGCCCCCAAGAAAGUGGAAGUAACCGACUACAAGGAAGACAACGUCGUGACAGCGGUGGCAGGGACAGUGGAAUAGAACCCAGUCCAAGAGUAUCAAGAAUACCAAGAAGACGAAUCAUGAAGUGUUGCCCGAACAGUGCUAGACAGCAGACUCUUAAUAUGGACACUAUAACCAGAGAUGUACAGAUUAGCUUGCGCCGUUAUCAUCUCGAGAGGAAGAUUUUCUUUCAAUUAAUGGAACUGAAGAGGCUACAGAUACGUCAUGGAAGAGCGAACGAACAAGUUUUGGUUAAAAGACAGGUGGAUGCAUUCCAUAAGGCGGGUAUGUCUGGACCCACCCUCGGAGUAGCGAAAUACGACCAACCCCUAACAUUCAGACACUUUGAAGCCUUUCUUUAUGAUCAAUUAAGGAAGCUUCAAAGAAGACCAGCUACCCCAGACUUUUGCACGGAAGCGAAGCAAUGUACUCAAAAAACUCACCGUUGUCAUCACGCUACAAGUGCUUACACCUCUUUCCCUGCGUAUACAUAUCUAGGUGGAGGAGGCCAAGAACAAGCGGAUCUUCUUCCGAAGAUAGAGAGCCGUGGAAAGGGACAAAUGACGGUGGAAGUAACGCACGGGGAAGAAAAGCAAAUAAUAGCUCUUCCAACUGAGAAACUAGAUCGUACGAAAAAAUACUACGUAACAUUCACUGUCAGAGGAGAAGCCUCUGAGGAAAAGUCAAAAUCGUCGCAUGGUAUCCAAAGAAAUGCCAAAAGUGUUUAAACUGUCUUCAAUCAUACUACAACUUCCCAUUUCAACGAUAUCAGCUGCGUAUUUCUAUACUUUUCUACACAAAUUUUUUAAUCCUUUGUUACAGUCGCGAUAAUUAAACUCAGAGCUCAUCAUCAUAAUUGCAAUUCUUUUAUAUCGGUUUUUCUACGAAUUUCGGCACCGAUUUCCUAACGAAAUAUCGUUACUUUUUAUAUCAUAAAAAGACCACCAAAGAAUUUAAUAACUGCCACAAGAAAAAAAUUCAUACGAAUAGAUAAUAUAUUCUAUGUACAUUUGAUCGACUUUGUUGUAAAAAUGUUAAUAAUCUUACGCCAAAACAUUUUAAGGUUUCGCUUUUAGAACAAUAAAAAAUUGUAGGAGGAAGACAAAUCUUUUUGUAUAAUCGUUUAAAUUUCAAUCGAUCAGUUUUAUGUAUUUUAAUUACUUUAGUUAUUUAAUGUUUUUUUAAUGCUGUGUAAGUUAUGUUUGUAAACCAGAAAAAUGGACAAGUUCAUUAUACGUGUACAAUAGUAAAUAUUUUGUUCUUGCAGAAGCAGGGACCAUGUGGUAAUUAACGUAUACAUGUUCUGUAUAUUUGUGUAAAUGAGACCACUGCAAGUAACGUGUAAC